AUGAGUUCACUUAGUCGUAAGGCCUACAUGCGUAUUUACGCUAUGGUUGCCAUCGAAUGUCUCGGUGCAGUCCAGUAUGGCUAUCACAUGGCGGAACUUAAUGCCCCGGAAGCAUACAUUUCUUGUCGUGCACUGCCACCCGGUGAACAUGCUGAUGUUGACUGCAUUCCUAUGACCGCUGAGGACAUUGGAAGUGUUACCAGUCUUAUCUCCAUUGGUGGUCUCAUCACCGCAUUGCUGGCAGGUAACGCGGCCGGAAUUUUGGGUCGUCGCAAGUUCUCCAUCAUCACAUGCAUCCCCUUCAUCAUUGGGUCUGUUUUAACCGGUGCCGCCACCAAGGUUUGGCACAUGCAAAUUGGCCGAUUUAUCUCAGGACUUGGUGCCGGUGCCGCCAUUGUAGUUAUUCCUCUUUAUCUUUCUGAAAUUGGACCCGCAAACCUCCGUGGCCAGCUCGGCUUUAUGAACCAGGUUUCAAUCAAUGUCGGAAUUUUAAUUGCACAGGUUCUCGGCAUCUUCUUUUCUACUUUUGCUCGUUGGCGUCUCAUUCUCUUUUUUGGAGCUGUGCUGGGUCUUCUCUACGGUUCGCUUCUUGUAUCUUUUUUGGUUGAGACUCCCAAGUGGUACGUUUCGGUCGGGAAGUAUCAAUUGGCCCGAACAACCUUGCAGUUUCUCCGCGACUCAGACAACGUAGACAAAGAGUUUAAUUCUCUUGCUUCCAUUUCCAAAGAAGAAGAUACUCCAGUCGCCACCACAGAAGAAAACCGGGCUUUGUUGACUGCCACUGAGUCUACCCCGGAAACCUCACUUAUUCCAGCGUCAAGUACCCCUGUCAAGUCUAAUAAUGUUUCUGUGCAUACGUUUGUUUUCUCGAAAAUCUAUCGUAAGGAACUCAUUGUUGUUGUCGGCGUUCUCACAGCACAACAAUUCUGUGGUAUCAACUCAAUCAUCUUUUAUGGUGUUUCUGUUCUUGCAAAGCUUUUCCCGGAACUUACAACCACAAUCAACUGUGUUAUUUCCGUCCUCAACACUGUUGUUACCAUGUAUUCAUCCACUCUCGUAGAUAAAUACGGCCGCAAACAAUUGCUUCUCUGCUCCAUCAGCGGUAUGGCUGUUUUUUCCGCACUUCUUGGCUUUGGGAUUAAUAACUCGCACUCUAUUCUCUCAGCUCUUUCGGCAACUCUCUUUGUUGUCUUUUUUGCAAUUGGCCUUGGACCCGUGCCCUUUAUGCUUGUUUCGGAGCUAGUCCCCCAUAAUGCUGUCGGUGCGGCGCAGAGUGUGGGAACCACUGCAAACUGGCUCUCUACCUUUGUUAUCGGUUACUUCUUCCCCAUACUGCAGGCAAAAUUGGGUGGUUCGACUUACUACAUCUUUACCUUCUUCUGCUUUGCCUCAAUCACGUUUAUUUGGGCACUAGUCCCUUGGUCUACUGUCAGCAUUGAAGAUAAGCCUGACGAGACUAAUGAGUAG